AUGGAUUACCCAAUGAUUGCCGCGAUCGCUAGCCACCAAGACCGCAGGCUGCCGGUGUUUAUUCCCCGCUUGGUGGACUAUCCUCCUAUCUUCUGUCCUCCCCCACCUUACAUGCCCCAACAAAUGUAUAGAGGACCAGCAAAGGCGCCUGUUAACAGACUUGUCAACACAAAGUUAUGCAGUCGUUAUCUCUCCAAGGGAUACUGCAGAAAGAGAGAUUGUACUUUUGCCCAUUCUGUUGAAGAACUGCGCCCUACCCCUGAUCUCCGGUGCACUAAGUGGUGUCGUUUCGUCUUCUUUGGUCUUGAAUGUAAUGAUGCUCGUUGCCCUUAUGCACAUUCACAAGAAGAACUUCAACCACAACCCCCAGAGUUUAAAACAACUCUUUGUAGAUUUGCAAAAAGAGGAAAAUGUCUAAAUGGAGAUAAUUGCCGAUUUUUGCAUCCUCACGAAGUUAGACCUUCCUCGCACCGCCGCCCUGAAAGACUUCACAGAGUUCCUCGUCUUAGCAACCCCUCUACUGAAGAAGAACUGGCGGGUGUACAGACAGUGGUAGAAGAGGAAGCAGCAGCUCGCUUUGUCGCUCAAGAAUUCGAGACCAAUGAAGAGGAACUCAUCAGCCCACCACUUGUCCCCACUACGACCCCCGCUGCAGCUGCUGCAGCAGCAGCAGCCGCAGCAGCCGUGGCAGUAACUGCAGCAGGAGGCGUACCAAUGACUACUAGCCCAGAAACACCUCGUGUUGUCAACAGAACAAGGCCUCUUCUAUGCAGUCCCUGUGUCGUGACAGGUGUCGAGACACCUGCUGGUUACGAAGAAGACGACAACGGAGAAUAUGAAGGAAGUUCUACUCCCUCUCGCCAUCAAAGACAACGGAAAGCUACAACUCUUGUUCCUAACACGCUUUCUCGCGACUCAACAAGAGAUGACGAGCUGCAUGGCUCCGUAGAACGCAUCAUGACAGCAGCCGGCACUCUGGGUUUGGCUGAAGACCCUAACUAA